GUACAACUGUUUUUUAGAUCAUUAUUUACGUUCAGCUUCAGGCUUGCGUUGGUCGUGUGCCUCCCUGCGUACUUCACCAGGAGCACUCCUGCCGGAAAUGAAAAGUGUACUGGGUCGACGAAGUGAAAUGCUCGAACUUAGACUUCCCGUUCCCUUUCGGAUUUUUCAAGUGAUCACAGUGUCUAGAAAGAUGUAAUGCGACAGCAAGUAGCUGGACCACAUCGCGCCAUUUCGAUUCUAUCCCCUGCUUCUCCUGUGUAUGUUGACCAUGAUGAGUGUGAUCGAUGUCCCCUCUCGGAAAUGGACGCAAGAAGCCGGGGGUGGCCAGGAAGAUUCGGGGCUCGCUGAUGCUGCAACUCCUUUUGUGAUUCGUGGAUAUCGACGCGACCCAGAGUCAGCUGCGUGGGCUCUCCAUGCGUUGCUCCCUGCGGACGCAGAAGCCUCCUGUCGAAAGUGGAGUUCGAACGUUGUAAGAAACGAUGAUAAGAUGUUGAGAAAUAAAGAAGCAGGCUACCAACAUAAUAAUGCUCCAAGAGGUUGUAUUUCUGAUUCUGUCACAAGGUGCAGCAGUUGCGCGCCUACGUGUGAAAAACCAAAAAGCACUCGACAAGAAGAAGAUCAUCAACAUGAAAGCAAUAGCGGACCAUGCCGAAAGCGCCAGAGGAGAGAAGGAUGUUCCAGCGAAGCGUGCGACAUGGACCGCCGUCGUCACGCAACGGAAACGGAUGCGGGACAAUUUGCCGACACGCCGCGCUCACGUAGGACGGUCUCCGCCCCGGUCACACGGGAACAAAUUAUAGGUUUAGCGCUAGCUCCCGAUGAUCCCGGACGAGGAGGAACUAAGUGUCCGCACCCGGGCGCUGGCGGUGCUCUUGCCUGCGAAGGCAAAAAUGCUGAGGGGCCACGACGGAAUGAGGCGCAUAAUUGCGUGCGACCUCACGACAUGUGUUUCUCCUGGCGUCAAUAUCAGCCAUGGGAGCAUAUGUGCGAUAAGCGUUCGAAGGUAAAGGUGAAAAGCUACUUGGGCAGCAGCUUGUUGCAUGACUCUACUAGAAGCCGAAAGUUGAUGAUGAAGUUGGAUUCUCAACAUGGUGCCACUGUUGUCAGCUCUACAACCUACGCGGCGGGGGCUACAACUACAUGCGAUAAUCGAACACGACAUGUCUCAGACUCCAGCCGAUGUUGCAGUUGCGAUGAUGAAAAAUUGGGACUUCCAGAACGGGGUAUGCCUUAUCACGAUGAAGUAGACGGCGCGAGCGUCGCAACUGACCAGGAGAUCGGCGCAUCGGACGGAGGUGAUCCAGAUAAGAUUGCCAAUGGGAACAACCGCGAGAGGGAUCCUGAUACUGCUCCGGUGGUAUCGUUUUCAUAUAUGGACUACGUCCACCUCGAGACGUGCUUGGAGGGUGAUGCGACGAGGACGACCGCCCGGAGGGAUAGUACGCUCAGAAACCGCCUUCAAGAUUUUCAGUUGAGCUUAUUCAAGCAUAUUUUUGCCCAGCGAGAAGCGGCCGCUCUCACGAAGGUUCCGGCUCCUGAAUCGUUGCCGGUCCUGUGGUGCGGGGAUCGUGGCAGCAGUACGCGUCUGCAUCGUAUGAAAGGAGAAGAGUGCCAUCCUAGUUCAUGCUCAUCUUUUUUUGUAGUCGUGUAUUACUUAGAUGAUAGUGUGCAGCAUGAAUAUGAUAUCGAUAUGGUUGUUGUACACGUAAUAUCUACUUCAACGUCAAUGAUAACAAGCUAAGUUGAACAGGUCGCGCAGCUGUUUUGCCGGUCCCUGCUUUUCGAUAUAACUAUGCGCAUAUUGAAUGCGCUUUUUUGAAAAGACCGCAGACAACUAAGUAAGUAUGAUCACUGUGUCCUCUCAUACGUCAGGACAUUUACGGUGUGAACUUUGUGCUGCAGGUUUGUGGUCAGAAGAAGUGGCUCCUCUUGCCCCCUGUCGCCGUCGGGAGCAAGAAGAGGAGGAGCAGCACGGCUCUGGGUGGAACAUGUUCUGUGCUCAGAUCUUCAUGUAAAAACGUGUUCGAAACGCGACUGCCUUUCGAGGAAAGUACUGUAUUUGCUCACCCCCGGUCUGGAAACUGCUUUGAGGAGUACGUGAGUGCGGCAAAUAACGCUUGCCGCGGUGCUGAAACUCCAAAUGCUUACAUGGCUACGCUAGAACCAGGCGACUUGCUAUUUGUGCCGCACCGUUGGUGGCACUCCACAGUAGCGCUCUCCCCGAAUUGCGUCAGCAUCAAUCAAUGGCUGCAGCACCAGAGCGAUGCAGACGCGCAACUGGGGGAACAAAUUUCGCGGUGCCUCGUCGGCUCUGUUGCAACACGGUAUGACCAGCCCCUCCAAGAGUUGCGGCAACAAUUUUUUCAGCGAGGGGAUCUUCAAACUACAUGUACAUCGAAUCUCCGCGACGAGGAGAUGCUUUCAACAUCUGAAUGUGAUUUCUCUACCACGUGUAGGUUCGAGGAGGGCGCUCCCCCCGCAGCUGCACGCGGGGUAGGCGUAACAAGCGAAGAACUGGACGAGGACGAAUCCCACUGGUGGUCUCUAGAACAAUCCACGGACGAGGCCGAAGGCCAGGGCCCGUUCGGCCGCCGCGCAGAGGAGGAAGUCUCCGCCUUAGCGUCGGCGAUUGGGUCCUCGGUCACGCCAAACAGGGCGGCGGAGGCGCUCCUUUACGCCAUCAGUCAAACCGAUGUGCAUACCUUGCUAGCUUCCCAUGCAAAAGAGUACCUUUCAGGGAUUGAACGAGCUCGGACAGGAGCAUCGAGAUCACAAGCAACUCUGACCUCGUUGUCAGCAGAAGAUGCAGAAGAUGAAAUACCGAAUGAAGAACCUCCCAGAUGAAACGACGCAGCUAUUUGUAUUUAUUCGAUCGGAACAAGGAAGACGACGCGCAUUUUCAUUUAUUACUUACUUACUUACUAUAUCGCAAUGCUGCGAAGAUCAUCUCAUAUCAAGUGAGAGCGCCACAGUGUCCGUGACGCACAGGCUUUACGACGCCAGCAGCUCAGCGUCGGCGCCGACUGCGUUAAGUGUUCCUUGCACCCGUGACGGCCAGAUCUGUAUACAACAAGAUUUAUGCGCAUUUUCAUCGAGCAACCCGG